UGAGCCAGAGAAGAACCCGGCCCCCCUCUCUGAUUUUCUUUCGGUACUUUCUGAUGCCUUCUCAAUGAGGUGUCCUCUGCCAAUCUUCUCCAUUCAAUUGGCCUACCACUAAUUGAUCCGCCGGACCAAAUUCAGUCAGAAUAGGUGCUGCUGCAACAGAAGUAGGCUAGUUUCUCUGCAAGAUCCCAGUGCCUGACCUUAGAGUUAAGUGUUAAGAUGACAGCAAAGCACCGCAAAAGCAAAAGCAACAAAAGCGAGGAAAACAACUUCAAGCAUGAAAUUCCGGAGCUCGACGCGCGACCUGGAAACCAGUACGCUUUGCUGUUCGUUCUAUUUCUUAUCAUUGUAAUUGGCGGAGCUACCGUUGGCUGGUUCUGCUUCCAGCAGCACCAAACACUAACCUACCUAACAGACAACCUCAUGGGCAUGCAGAUGCGAAUGGUGAAGUUGCAGGCUUUCCAGGAGGAGCUGCGAAAGUCAACCGAGAAGCAUGGCAUCGAGGGCAUUGAGCAGCGCCUGCACUCCCUGGAGGAGUCAUACUCUGUUGCCCAGAAGCAGGUGGGCAUGGCCCUGGCCACCGCAGAGCAGUUGAAGACAUCAGACCUACCCGCACAGGUGUUGUCACUGCACACAGAGAUGAAGACGCGUCUGGCGGAGAUGCAGGCGGCGACUGUUUCGGCUGACCAGCUGGCCCAGCUAGAGGCCACCAUCGCGGGGCAGAGCCAGGAUUUCCUGGCCGUCAAGGAGCAGGUCCAAGGCCUGGCUGGGUCCAGCGCAGAACUCUCCCAGACCGUGGAGAGCCUCUCAGGGAGCCUGGAGGCCAGCCAGGCCCAGAUGGACGACAGGUCUGCCUCCCUGGGGGCGCUGGGUGCCCAGCUAGAGGACCAGGCUGCUAAGGUGCAGGGUCUUAAUGACCUGGUCGCCGCCCAACAGGCCCAGCUAGAGGCCAGCACUCAGGACAUCGCCGGAGUCAGGGCUCUGCUGGAGGCGGAGGGAGUUCAGCGUGAGCAGCAGGCUAACGUGGAGGAGCAGCUGGAGUCCAUGAGGUCGGGGCUGCAGGAGCAGAGCAAGGCAGCCCAGAGCCUCCACUCAGAGCUCAAGGCCCAGCUCGAUGCCAUCCAGGGCCAGGUAGCACAGCUGGAAAGUGCUGCCUCUUCAGAGGCGGCCCCAGUGGUUGAAGAGGAGGCCCCGGCAGCAGAGGAGGCUGCCCCUGAGGCCGAGGCAGAGGCCGCAGAGGAGGACAUUGCACCAGUCGAGGAGGCUGUGGAGCAGGAAGAGGCGCCUGCUCCCAUUGCUGCUACUGAGGAUGAGGUGGUGGAGGAGGCCAGCGAACCAGAGGCAGUAGAGGAGGAGGAACCGGCAGCAGACGCAGCAGCUGAGGAAUAAUAUUUACUGUGUCUGGACCUGGUUUCACUGAGAGGAGAGUCAGCCACCAAACCCAAUGAUGUGGAGAGAAAGGACUUGACCACAUGUCUUAUGACAAGCAGGACAAUAAAACAUGAAGUUCAGAAGGUGUUAACUUUGAUUUCCUCACAACCACCACGUUACAGAAACGGAGAAGGCGAGAGAAGGGGAGUUCAACUUUCAAAGAGGGAACACGCGGCUUGUUUUUGGCAGGUCCAUGGGCCAGAGGGAUUACACUACAAGCGGGACUCUCUGGUGCCAAGACCACCUUUGUAAGCCUUAACCUUUUAUACAAAAAAACACAGCAAUGAUCUUUAUAUUAUAUUAUAGUGUUUUUAAUUCAUGGUUCACUUCUACUGCACUAGACUUUGAGGGCAUGAGCACUGUAAUCCUCUGAAGCGAAAUGAAAACGUGAAAAAUGAAAUGCUCACUCUCACUAUUCCUGUAAAAUGUGAUUUUUUUUGUUUGUUCACAUGAGAGUUACACGCCCUUCUGUCUUCAGAGUCUGUGCAGUAGACUACAGGAAAUUGCAUUACAGUGCUGUCCAACUUGUUUACACAGUGGGAAGCUAAGGGUGAUGUUUUGGUUGAAGAGCCAUCUAUGCUUGGCUUAUAUGGAAGGAAGGGAGGAGCAUUGGGGGGGCUGAUGCACUUAACUGAGUGGAUUCUAAUGGCUUUUGAUUUCGGUAACCUUCUAGGAUGUUCUGUGAUCUGGCUCACUGUUAAAUGGUGCUGUGGCACACUUCAUCUCGGGUCUGAUAAAAACGAAACGUGUUAAAACAUUUUUUUGAAAUAAAUGCUGGAUUCACCAUUUUUACAAAAAUA